UCCCAUCUCUUUCGAUGCUAUUCGCGUCAGAUUGUGAACUUGUUAAUCUGAAUCCAUCUCUUGGAUUUGUCAAUUUCACAUCUCUUCAAUACCUUGAUCUUUUCAAUAAUCUUUUCAGUCAUGAGAUACCUAAUUGGUUCUCUAAUCUCACUACAAGCCUCUUGUAUCUUGACCUGGCCCGCAAUUAUCUAAGAGGCGAGAUACCAACGAGCAUUUUCAAUUUACAGAAAUUAGAUAGUUUAUUCUUGUAUUCCAAUAAGAUAAUUGGGAAAAUUCCAGAGUCGUUGGGCCAGCUUAAACAUCUAACAUAUCUCAAUAUGCUGGAUAAUUCUUUUAGUGGUCCAAUUCCCUCUUCCAUUGGGAAUUUAUCUUAUUUGGAAGGAUUAUGGCUCUCUGAGAAUCAGUUAAAUGGUACCAUUCCAAAGACUAUUGGACUCCUCUCAAAUUUAGAGUACUUAUUUGUUGGAGAUAAUUUCUUAACAGGCACAGUAGACGAAGGGCAUUUUACUAAACUCUCAAAAUUAGAGUAUCUAGAUAUCUCUCAUACACAUUUAUUCUUUAAUGUGAAAUCCAAUUGGGUCCCUCCUUUUCAACUUACAACUAUCACAAUGAGCUCUUGCAAGAUAGGUCCCAACUUUCCAAUGUGGCUACAAACACAAAGAUCCGUUAGACAUUUACUCUUGUCCAAGUCAGAAAUUUCAGACAAGGCUCCAGGUUGGUUCUGGAAUUGGACUUCAAACAUUAAAAUAAUCGAUCUCUCUGACAACCAAAUAGAAGGGGAUGUAUCGGAGAUUGUGCUGAACUCUCAUUUCAUAAAUCUAAGAUCUAAUCAUUUCAAAGGUCAAAUGCCACAAUUGUCUACAAAUGUCCAGGAGCUAAAUAUAGCUAACAACUCAAUUUCUGGGCCAAUUUCCUCUUUCAUGUGCCAAAAGAUGAAUAGAAAGAAUCAAGUAAUGGUUUUAGAUGCAUCAAAUAAUCUCUUAACAGGUGCACUUCCUCACUGCUGGAAGUAUUGGCAAUCUUUGACCCAUCUAGACUUGGGAAGCAAUGAUAUAUCGGGUAGAAUUCCAUACUCCCUGGGCUCUUUAGUUGCACUCCAAUCACUGCAUCUGCAAAACAAUAGUAUCUCAGGAGAUAUACCUUCGUCACUGAAGAAGUGCUCAAAUUUGAGUCUCAUUGAUAUAGGUGAGAAUCUUUUGUCAGGGGCCAUACCACCAUGGAUUGGAGAAAUGACAAAUCUUACAAUUCUCCGAUUAACAUCCAAUGGAUUCAAGGGUCAUAUACCUUUACAAAUAUGUCAACUUUCUUCUCUUAUAGUGUUGGAUCUUGCCAAUAAUAGCCUUUCGGGACACAUACCAAAUUGCUUGAAAAAUAUCAGCGCCAUGACAAUACCUACACCCAGAUUUGAAGCUCAAUAUUCUUACGAUUAUUUGGGUGGUUUGUACUAUUAUGGUGGAACCUAUCUUGAGAAUCUCAAGUUGGUUCCCAAAGGGUUGGAACUAGAAUAUGAAGAAAACCUUGGCUUUGUUAAGAUGAUAGAUCUUUCAAGUAAUAACUUGUCUGGAUCAAUCCCUUCAGAAAUUUCAGUUCUUUCCGAAUUGUGUUUUUUGAACUUGUCGCGAAAUCAAUUGAUAGGAAAGAUACCAGAAAAAAUAGGGAUCAUGAAAAAGUUAGAGUCUAUUGAUCUCUCACAAAAUCAUCUAUCAGGUGAAAUUCCUUUAAGCUUGUCCAGUUUGACAUUUCUUAGUCGCUUGAACUUGUCAUACAACAACUUGUCAGGCAAAAUUCCAUUAGGCUCCCAGCUUCAAACUUUUGAUGCAUUCAGCUACAUUGGCAAUCCUCAACUUUGUGGUAAUCCACUUCCAAAAAACUGCACAAUUGGGGAAGAAUCUCAAAAUAGGACACCAAUUGGGAAAACUGAAGAAGACUCUAAUAAUUCCAACUUCUACAUUGGUAUGGGAGUUGGAUUUGCGGUUGGUUUUUGGACAGUUUGUGGAGUUCUCUUCUUCAACAGGACCUGGAGGCAUGCUUAUUUCAAAUUCUUCGAUGACAUGAAGGAUUGCAUCUAUGUGGCUACUGUGCUAAACGUAAAUUGGUUGCUGGAAAAGCUAAGAAGCUGCCACCUUUAGUAAGUGAAAGUCGUCAUUAUCUAGCUAAGAGGGAGUGGUACAAGUUCAUGCUCUUCAAGAUGAAUCAUUGGCAAAGAUAUUGUACUAGAUCCUAUUUCCUAGUUUUAUCAUGAAAUUUACAUUGAAUAAAAUGUUGUGGACUAUGAAUCCUGCACAUGAAGUGUAAGAACUAUUUAUCU